CCCGUGACAAAACAUUUCGUUGGAUCAAUUACAUUUUUUCUCAGUGUGGAAAACACACAGGAAAUCCUAUCAAUCCUAAAAUGUCUUCCGCACGAUGCGUGUUUUUAUAAAUCUUCUUUCUCUUUCUUCUAGAAAUUUAGAAUUGUUUCUUCAAAGAUAUCUAAUAACUAUAAAGUAUAAAAGGAGGAGAUGUAACUGCGGAUGCACAAUAAUGUACUGAGGAGAUACUUGCUCUUGGCGAGGAACGUUUUAUUUGAUUUCGCGAUCGUUUCGAAUCGACAAUGCUUGGCUUUCUUUGUUACGAUAACUAGGAGUCGUGAUCGUUGAUGUAUCUUCUCGCAACAUCGCCCAUAAGAAAUAUAGACUUGGAAAAAAGUCUCGGAGUACCCUUAACUAUACGCAGAGGCGUGAGUCACUCGGCGUACCACCUACAUCGCGCGACGUUGAAGGUAACGCAGGUCCCCGCGACUCUUUCGCAAGGCGUGCGCCGUUCAUCCUCGAUUUGAAGCCCAAAGAUGAAAGCCACGCAUUACACGGCGAUGAUCUCUCGACAAGAUAAGAGAUGCAUCCCAUUCUUUAGAGCGUCAUACAUCCCUCAUGAUGUAUGCAUUUCGCCGGUGGGUGUCCAAGAGUGCUCUCCACGGUAAUACACCCUGCCAACGGAAGACAGUCAGAACUCGAGGCUAUCGUGGAAGAUUGCAGUCUUUAUUAGCCGCGGAAUAACCGACAUUUCGUGAGCUUCCUUUUUUCGACCAGCCGAACAAAGCGAAAAGAAAUCCCGCGGCAAUCCUACCGCUUCCAAGCAAUAGCAUCGAUUCCUCGAGAAUGCACAGGUGACUUUGUAAUAUGAAUCGUUACGCAGUCGCUUGGAACACAUCAUUUAUUGUUUUUUUUAUUUUAAUAUUUAAACAAUUAUUUUACACACAAUUUAUGUACUUAUAUUUAUCAUAUUGUUACUUUUUUUUAUUUGUUGGCUGUUAAGCAAAUUUGUUUUGAUUGCAUCUGUCAAUUGUUUAGGUAUAUUAAUGUAGAAAUUGUCUGUGUGUAAUAAAUCUCUUUGUUUAAACGCGUGUUAAUAUUCUAUUAUAUAUUACACGUUAAUUUUUUAUACAAAGGUUUAAUCCCUCGAGAACGAUAAUAGAGAAUGGCAUUUCUGGCGAAAUGCCAUUCAGAUUUAAUUACAUAAUCACGCGCAUUUACACCAAGAGGUUGAGAAACACACAGCGAAUAUUUCGCACAUCACGUGAAAUGCUAGAGUUAGCUAACAUUGUUAAAUUAUUCCAAGUAAGCGUGUUUCAUUUAACAUCAGAAUAGCCUCUAACAAGGGCUAUUCUGAUUCAAUAAACCAUCUCCAUAUUCAUAUGCAUAUCCGCAUUAGUUACAAUUUUAAACAAAUUUACAAUAAAACUAUUUUCAAGUCCAACGCACGGACGAAUCAAUACGCGUUCCUCUAGUGCAGAAGUUGCGCCAGUUGCAUUAUACAAUAAACAAUUGUCACUGUUAUCGACACUCGCGAUAUACCAAACGCAAUCAUAUCUGCAUACGUAUCAAUCUGGGUCAAUAGGAUAGCAGGAUAGCAACAUACGUCGACUAAAACUACUCCACGCUUCGGAAUAUGCAUGACACGCGUUCCUCUGCAUUGCACUCUGCAUUUGAAAUCAUGUAUCUUGUUAUCAGAUGUCAAUGCAGAUUUCUCGAGCACAUUUACAUCGGUAAUUGUUCCCAAUGAAAGUAUCAAAAUCAUAAUUAAAAAAACAAACUCAAAAUUGAUCACGCAAAUCUAGUGACAAUAUAUUAAAAAAGAUGCAUAAAAAGCUUAAAACCAAAAAAAGAUUAAAAUCAAGAUCGAAUACACUCGAAGAGUCUGAGUGUUUUCGAUUGAUUUUUUCUAAACGUGUUUCAUGCUUUCACGAUUUCAACUGCAUGAACGGUCGAUUCAAUAACACGACGCAAAUGUCAUAAACGACUCUCCCACGCCAGUACGAAGGCAAUACGAGGUAUCAUUCGUCCGACGAGUCCCGCUCUCGCAACGACGAUAGACCCUCGAUAUCGGCAAAAUGAUAAUUCCGUUCGUCGAACCGGAAGGCAACGGCGCGAUUGCCGAUUGGCGAACAACCGUGAGAGAAAGAGCUCACGACUCGCCACUGUUCUUUUUCUGGGGAGGAUAAUACUUGGGGAACGGUACAUAGCCGAAGGGUAACGCUCGCUCCCACCGCUGCUGCCGUCGUCGCGAAAAAAAGAGAAACCGGCGGAGAAUAAGGAUCGGAGCAACAGGCCGCAGAAACUGAAUCUGCCUACUGUUCCUCUCUUAUUGGAUGCCGCUUCAACCGCGGACCGCAUCGGCACCGCAAACGCCAACAAAAAAAGACCUGCGAGUCCGCGAGUCUCCAUUUAGAUUCUCGACGAGAAACUUCAUUAUGCAAACGCGCAAUUUCUAUCUAGCCAACUUUGUUCUCUCCUCUUAUCGGAAGAGGACUUUCUUCAGUCCUUUCAAGGUACUAUAGGACAGCGCGCUACGAAGAAUUCUAUUCCUGAUAAUAACUUUUUUUGUGUUUCUAUUCGAUAAUAAUGAAGAGUUUUAGAAAAAAUAUUAUAAUAUUUUGCGAUGCUAUAGUACGUUAUAAAUUUAAUAAUGAGAAAUGUUGAAACAUGGAAUAAGAAUUUUGAAUUUUUGAAUUAUAAAAAAUGAUUUUUCGCGUUCUAAUUUUAUUUCAUUCUAAUGAAAUAUAUGCAAGAGGUUGACACACCUGAUAAGAAAUUUACUGUAAAUUACCAAGGCUGAGAGUGUUUCGGAAGGGAUAAAGAUCAUCCUUUCCUAGUCGCAUUCAGUCAGAACGAUUGGAAUCAGAGUCGACCUCUCGACAAAUUACUUCGUGCAGCCGGAAGGCGCAUUCAGAUUAUGGUAAUGCCACUCUCUCAAUUUCGAAUCGAGCAACUGUUAAAUCACCGCGAGGAAACGAAAUUCUAAUUUAUGGUCGUUUGUUGGUAAUAAAUGGGUUCGGGGUGAUGUGGCGAGCGAAUUUGCGCGGAAAUAAAGAACCCUUAGGAGAAAGUUGCCGACAACAACGUCGUCCUAAACCGUGAGAAAUGUUCAGUGAGAUUUACUGAGUAAACGCGUGUUCAUUGUUUCUAUGGAAGAAAUAUUUUUACACGUUUCUUCUGCACGAAUCUUGUACAUUUAAGGAAAUCCUGGAGUCGUCUGUAUUACCGAUGGAAUAAAUGAGUUUUUUUAAUAGAUCUUUUCAUUGGUUGCGCAGAAUGAAAAAUCCUUUCGCACGAUAUCAAGGAAUUAAUCUUGUGCUCUGUUUUACUCUUGGCCAUGAUUUUAGAGAUGCACAUAUGCUCAAAAUUUUUAUUUCAAUCGUUUUUACUAGACUUCUGAAGUCUCUUUUAAGAGCUUCCUUAUAUUCUUUCCCUCUGUCUCUUUGUUAAUAGCUACUCAUUUUGUACGUAUAAACUGCACUUAUAUGUUAUAAGCAUAUUAUCAUACGAGGCAAGCCACAAGUUGGUAAUAAAACUGUAAUUUUCGAAAUUUGUAAUAUACAUAAAAAAAAAGAAAACACAGAUCCGUCAGGAGGAAAAUGCGAUUAAGCGGAGCAAGGUUUUGAGUUAAUUUUCCUUGUUAAAAAGCGAUUGCUUGCUUUUUAUUUGUGGGUCCUCCAUUUCGUUGUCCAGGUAAUUGACAAACAUUUUUAUGUGUACUGUAAUUGUGGAAAAGAAUUGUGGAAGGUUAUUGUUUUAUGCAACCAAAAAGAAGUUUGAUUGGAAGAAAGUUCAUGGUGAAACAGACGACCCAGGAUCCCCUUAACGGAAUCCACUGAGGCGUUCGAUAAAUGCCGGUGCAAGCUCACGUCCCGGCUUUCGUCUCGCUUCCUCCUGAUUUUUCAAUGAUCACGAGCGUUUCUCUAUAUGUUAUACAAAUUAUCAAAGACAUUUUACGUUUUAUUCACAUUAUUCGCAUACAUAAACGGCGCGUGAAGCAGCAGAUCAGAUACGCGCAUAAACGCCCAAUGCAGGAUCCCGUUAGAUGAUCGUAUGCGUUCAUCCGCUAUCGACUACGAAAAAUCCGCGUGAUUACACGUGAACGUACGCAGCUCGUGCAUAAUGAAGGAACGGAUGCUCGACUGCGAGAUGCGACGCGACGCGACAACACGUGGCGCGCGCGCGCGAGCGGCCGUUACAUCAUUUAUCUCGCGGAAAUCGUAGACUCUCGGCGCAUCGAAAUAGCCAGCGCACGCACGUCUACGCACGUGUCUAUGUGCGCGUGCGCCGUGCUUGAUCGUGCCACGGCGACGCAUAAUUCACCUUCGCGAUUCACGCAUAGCUGUGGCCUGCGAGUCGCGUGCGACACGCGUGAGGUAAGCAUGCGUGCGUAUAAAUGUCGUAUCGGUAGUUUCAAGAGCGACGACGAGGAAGCAACGGAGAGAUUGAAUUACCGCGCGUAGCAAAUUAUUUAUUUAUUUAGUAUGCAUCACAGCGCGAGAAGAGUUUCGACAUCACCGUGAGGUGGAAUUAAAAAAUCACGCGUACGGUUUGACGUACGGUUAUUGCGGUGAGAAAUUUUGCCCGUGCUUCCUCGUCGUCGUCGUCGUCGAGAGCUCACUGACUGAGCAGCAAUUUACGUCAAGAGUGUCAAAUGUGUGAUUAUACAGGGUACCGCAACUAUGGAAAAUACCGCCAUUCUGGAAAAGGAAGAAAUCAAAAGCUGGUAGCUAUAUCAAUGUCAAAAUAUUAAUACUUGAUUCUUUUUUAACUUUUAGCGUAAUUGUCUCCCCAAAAAGACGCGUAGCAACAUGAAGAAUCGGCGCGCGAGAGCGCCGACAUCAAUCGCAAGUCGUCCCAUGCGAUUUUAUCAUCAAGAAUUGGCGGUUUUUGCAACUUCGGUACGCGGACGCGAAAUAUAUUACAUUUCAGCCGUCUUCGCGCGCGGAUAGAUGCACGGACGCGUCGCCUGAUAAUGAAUCUCGGUGGAGAAAAGCUGCUGCCUUUAUGACGUUCUAGUCGAUUAAGCGCGAUGUAAUCGCAGAUGCCCGCCGGCAGACGCGCGUUUCCUGCGUCCCUCUCUCGCGUUGGAUUGGCAACGGCGACGUAAUCCAAUUUGAAGGUGAUGCGUCUUCGCGCGAUCUCUGCGUCUGCCCGGAGUCGUCUUUCCCCGGUGAGCACCGGCGCCGUCAUCAAUGAUACCUCUGUCACCGGCCAUUUUCCGCGUGUUAAUAUUUAUUGCACACGAGAAAUAAACCACAUCCAGAAUAUUCAGAAUACUCAGUGGAAACGAGGUAUUGGUUAUGUAUAAGUACCGUAAGCAUCCUGAAUGAUGCGCCGUUCCAACGGCAAUAUCGGCGCUUUAAGGUCGUUCUACAUUAGACGCAAGCAAGCAAUCGCAUGAACGUAAGCUGCACUACUUCCGAUUGUAAACUCCUUGCAAGCAGCAAUCGCAAAUUUUGGUCAAAGCCAGCAAGCAAUCGCAUGAACGCAAGCAGUACUACUUCCGGUCGUAAACUCCUCGCAAGCAACAGUUGCAAAUUUUGGUCAAAUCUGAAAUUUGCGUCUUUGCGAUUUGCAAUAACCAAUGAGCGUCGAGCUUUGCUAUCAUGGCAACUAUAUGGUAUAAUUUCAUACUAUUUAUAUUUUUGUACUUAUUUCAUGAAUCUGACAGCUAGUUAUCGGUUAGAAAAUUUUAAUAAUGAGUGAUUCAGAAUGAAAUGAAGAUCCAUUUCCGGAUCUUGCAAAUCGCAGAGACGCAAGAUUCAGAUUUGACCAAAAUUUGCGACUACUGCUUGCGAGAAGUUUACGACCGGAAGUAGUACUUGCGUUCAUGCGAUUGCUUGCUGGCUUUGACCAAAAUUUGCGAUUGCUGCUUGCGAGGAGUUUACGAUCGAAAGUAGUACAGCUACUUAUCGUCAAUGCAAUGUAGAAGCUCAAAUCGCAAGACUCGUGCGACUUGUGAUUAAUGUGCAUGUGGUCAAUCGUUGCAACUAAUAUAGAAGCGUUGCGUCGAUGUUUCCGAGCGCAGACUGGAAACUUAACUCUUUCAGGGGCACAAUUAGACGACUCGGUGGAUUUUUGUGAAAAUAUGUAGUUCUAUGUUUUUCUGAUCGCUGCUUACGAAUCUGAAGUCAGAUUUAAAAAUUCAAUAUGGCGGAUCAAAUAUGGCCGCCAUCAGUGAAAAAAUUUGAAAAAAUGAAUUUCUGUUUUCAGAUUCCUAAUCUAGGGAAAACAUACUAUUGAAAUGACCUAUCACACUUUCAGAAGCAAGAUAAAAGAUUCCAAAUGUUUUACAUUGUUAUACAAUUCUUGUAUUAUAUUUAUCUCAAUAUAUAUUAUUUAUAUAAAAAACUCAACUUGUAAUAUUUUUUCAAUAUAUAUUUUGAGCAAAAGAUCCACAUUUGUCGUUUAUUUCGCAAAACUAUAUAAUUGCUUAUUUAUUUAUAAAAAAUUGUAGGGGAGACCAGGGAUAAAAGUAACACGGGACAAAUGUAACAAACGCGAUUACUAAAAAAAAACAUUCAUGUACGAAUCUAUCCACGGUUAUACGUCUUUUGAACGUCCCUCUCACCUCAGUAGCGCUCGAAGCUCUUUCAUGAGAGGUUCUGUGUCUGUUGCAUCGAUGCCAUAAACACACGGUCAAAGUUGUCGGUGCCUGCUUUGCAAGAUUUAAGAUCAACAGGAACCGUACGGUUCAAUCGAAGGAUUAAUCUUAAAUUAAAGUGAAAUCUGAUCACGAAUGAUCGCCAGACCGCAAGUCGGACGAAGGACGCUGUUCACCGCGACGUACGCUCGUUUCUGGGCGAAAAUACUUGGCAAGAGUAACAAGCCAUUGGCGUCGGAGGUCCUAACGAGCUACCUGCUGCAAACCGGCAAGCCCCCCUGGACCUCGUACUUCGUGCGGUACGCCGACGUGGUGAACGAUCAGCGUGGAAUGUCGCACUUCAAUUGGCCCGCAGGCAACAGUAAUUACCACGUGCUUAGGACCGGCUGUUUCCCGUACAUCAAGUACCACUGCAGCAAGCGACCGGCGCAGGACCUCAGCGGCGAGGACAGAUUCUUCAAGGCGAUCAAGAUAUUGAACCUUGGAAUCCCCACUCUGAUGUACGGAUUGGUGGCGACGCAGCUUAUCCGGCACCAGGAGAUCGUGAAGACGCCUCGAGGUGACGUGACGAUCUACUUUUUGCUACCGGAGGACAAAGGCUCGCAAUACUGAGGCCUGCGACUCACACACCGACGCUAAUUCCGUGCCGAGCCCUUCGUCACGGCUUCUCUUGGACGACGCUAACGGACGACAAGGGAGAGUUGCGCCAGAUGAUAGUAACACCUUUUUCAACAACUCUCCUUCGCGGGCGUCGUGACGUCGCUCAUUAUUCCAACGAGUUCUCGAACGCGAAAUGGAGGGAGAAUCGAGCUGCGACGGCACAAGAAACGCAACUGUCGUGAACGUUCUGUUUAUCUGCAGCGAAUGCAAGCGCUAAUCUUCUUAAGUAAAAGGGAUGAAGCGGUUGAAAAUAAUGUCUCGAAGCAACUUUGUCUUUCUUGCAAAAGCGCAAGAAUUAUCUAAAUAA